AAGAAAAGUUGAACUUCGUGAGAACUCUAUCUCCUCGUUUAGAUCUGUGUUUGUUAAAAAUCUCUCGUUGUUCUUGUUUUUGAACAGGAAGCUAAUUUGCCAUCUCUGAGAGAUGGCGUUCAAGGUUAAAGUCUUGGGUUGGUUCGCUGACCAUUUCCUCGGGCGCUUGGUUGGGAAGGCCGCUGAUUUCGCAGACCAACAGUUCGGGGAGCAGCAUGGAGUUCAAGAUGACAUCAACAAGCUGCAGAGUUCUUCGGAAAAAUCCAGACUAAUCAUCCACCAAGUUGAGAAGCUGCGGAUCCAAGAUGAAGGUGUCAAAACGAGAUUGAAGGGAUUGUUAAUGCAACUUAAAGACGCAGCUUAUGAUGCUGAUGAUUUGCUCGAUGAGUUUCAAUAUCAAGUUCUGAAGAAGCAGGUGGAGCAACAAGAAAAUGAGUCCAUUAACUUCUCGUUGCCAUCUUCUUCUACUGCUGUGCCUGCAACGAAAAAGCCAAGAAUCUCAGUCUCUACUAUUGUGGAUCAAAUUUCUAGCAGCAGAGAUAAAGAUAGAGUGCGAAAAAUCAAAGAAAGGAUAGAAAGCAUCACUGGCGAUAUAAGUCAACUCAUUCCUUUAUUUCCUUUAUCGGAUUUAGACAAUUGCAGAAACCAACAACAACUGAUUUCAUCGACCAGCCGAACUACAAGCUCCGUUCUGGUUGUAACCGAAGUAUUUGGACGAGAUAAAGAUCUAAAAGAACUCAAGGAUUUGUUGUUGAACGCCUCAGAUGGAGCAGGAUCUAGCAACAGUAGCAUCCCUGUGUUAGCUAUUGUUGGUAUCGGAGGGAUCGGCAAGACUACUCUUGCUCAACAAGUAUACAAUGAUGAAGCCGUUCAAGAACAUUUUCAGCUAAAGAUUUGGGUCUGUGUAUCUGAAAAUUUCUCUGUAGAGAGACUCACCAAAGAGAUUAUAGAGUCUACAACCCGAAACAAAUGUGAGCUGACAAAUUUAGAUGCUCUGCAUGUGAUUCUUAAGGAAGAAGUAACAUCAAAGAAGUUUUUUAUUGUGCUUGAUGAUGUGUGGAAUGAGGAUAGUGGCAAAUGGGAGAAAUUCUAUGCACCGUUGAAAAAUGGAGUGCAAGGCAGUAAGAUCUUAGUAACAACUCGUUCUACUACAAUUGCAGGCAUGGUUGGUGCGUUGGAUCCAAUCCAUCUCGAUGGUUUGGAGGAUGAGAGCUUCUGGACAUUCUUCAAGAAAUGUGUGUUUGGCUCGCAAAACAAUUGUGACCAUCCACCUGAUCUGAAAGCCAUAGCCAAGACAAUUGCCAAAAGGUUGAAUGGUUUGCCACUUGCAGCAAAGACGGUAGGAGGAUUAUUGAAGGUUAACAUGGAAAAGAGCCACUGGGAAACUAUUAUGAAUAGUGAAAUCUGGCAACUUCCGCAAAAUGAGAGUGACGUUCUGCCGGUUCUCCAGUUGAGCUAUCAAUGCCUUCCUGCGCAUCUCAAACGCUGCUUUGCCUUUUGCUCACUUUUUCGCAAAGAUUAUAGAUUUCUUAAAAAAGAGUUGGUAAGGAUUUGGAUAGCAGAAGGCUUUGUUAUUCCUCGAGGAAAAGAGAGGAUGGAGGAUGUAGGGAGCAACUACUUUGAAGAUCUAGUUAGUAGAUCGUUCUUUCAGAAAUCAGGAAGAUUUCUUAUUGAGUAUGUGAUGCAUGAUCUGAUACAUGAUCUUUCACAGUUGGUGUCAGAUGGUGAAUGUUAUCGGCUAGAGAAUGGCAAUACACAAGAGGUCUCUAGUCUCGUUCGUCAUCUGUCAGUGUGGCCUCCUGCGAGUAUGACUGCUGGCGAGCUCUGUCGUAAUAACAAAUGGCGGAGUUUAAUUUGGUAUGACAAUUACUAUAAUGCCAACACUCCGACUACGAAGGACUUAUGGAGAUGUUUAAAAUACAUUCGUGUGUUGAUUUUGCAGAGAAGUGGAAUUGUUGAAUUGCCUGAGGAUGUUGGCGAACUUAGACACCUUCGCUAUCUUGACAUAUCCUUUAACUAUGAAAUGAAAAGAUUACCUGACUCAUUAUGUCGUCUUCACAAUCUGCAGGUACUGAAACUGUAUGAAUGUCCAAUACAGAGUUUUCCACAAGGAAUGAGCAAGCUUAUCAACUUGAGACACAUUGAUUUUGAAGAUACGAUAUUAAUAUCGAAAAUAUACAGGAUAGGGAGGCUAGCUUCCCUUCAACAACUAGACAAAUUCGAGGUGCAGAAUCAUCCAGGACACAAACUCGAGGAACUAAGUGGUUUGACACAGCUCCAUGGAAAACUACGAAUCUCUAAUCUUGAAAAUGUUGGGAGUAAAGAAGAAGCAAAUGCGGGUAAACUGCACAACAAAGUGUUUAUUGAAAAAUUGACGUUAGAACAGGAUGGCAGCUCGGAGACCAAUCAAUUACUGAUCCUGGAGGAGCUGCUUAAAGAUCUGCAACCGCAUCCCACUCUGAAGAAAAUGAAUAUUUGUGGGUACUCUUGGACAGCUGCAUGGGACGAGACUUACAGUUGGGCCAAGGACAUAAAGUUGUUUCCAUCCGUCUUGCAAGAACUUUGGGUCUCCGAUUGCCCCAAACUUAAGAGGUUGCCCCCCCUCCCACCUUCGCUUGUAAAUUUAGAGCUACACCGAUCCGGGUUGAUAAAACUUCCAAAUAUAUGGGAAGAAAUCGAUGGAAGUGGCAAUUGCAAGGUUGCAACUCUUUCAAGGUUGUAUAUAAAUUGCCCAAAUCUUACGAGUUUGGAAGAAGGGUUGCUGUCGCAGAAUCUUCCGUACCUUAAGACCAUCAUAUUAGAGGAUUGUGAAGAACUGAUGUGGCUUCCCAUGGAGAAGUUUAAGCUAUUUGCCUCCCUUAAGGAACUGAAAAUAAUGAAUUGCCCCAAGCUCCUAACCAUGACGCGUGACAUUAAUUACUGGCCCAUCCUCCCGCAAUCAGUCGAGAAAUUAAGCUUGUCUAACUAUGGGGAUCUUGACAAAUUAUUGCCUAGUUGCCUGCACAAUCUCACCUCGCUCGCUCAUUUGGAAAUAGCCGAAUGUCCUCACGUACGUUCUUUUCCAAAGGAACCUCUUCUUCACUUGAAGCAACUGGACUUUGUGAAAAUCUCUGGUUGUGAUGAGCUGAGAUUAAUGGAAGGAUUAGGAGUUCUGCAAUCCCUCAAGGAUUUAAUUAUUUGUAAAUGCCCUAAUCUUGUGAUAAAUGGAAGAAACGAGCAUGGGGAGGAGGAUGGGGUUUUGUUAUCGCUACGUGAAUUAUGCAUUGAUAACACUGCGUUGCUUAAAAUUUUCCCCCUAAGAAAUGCACUGCAAUCCAUUCAUAGACUCCAAAUCCAAAGCUCAGUUGAGGAGGUGAUGUUUGAGGGGGAGGAGCAGGAAUUGUUGCGGAGGCUCACUGUUCUUAGAAUCCUAAUGUUUGGUUGUUGCAAGAAACUACAAUCUCUACCAAAGGAGUUGUAUACUCUUCCCUCCCUUGAGCUUUUAUCCAUUUGGGAUUGUCCAGAGAUUCAGUCACUGCCGGAGACAGGGCUGCCCACCUCCCUCACUGAUUUAAAAUGUGAUCGUGUAAAUCCGAUGCUAUCGCGACAAAUUUGGGAGAAGUGGGAGGAAUUGAGAAGCUCUGGUCGAUACCGUCUUGUAAUUGAACGGCCAAAAGUACUUUGAUGCAUACGGUUUACACCUCUUUUUUGUUUUUUUGUCGGCAA